AAACCACGAGCGCGUAGUUGACACUUGACAGAUAAAGCUAAAAGGUAAGGAACGGCGUUGUUGAGCAGAGGAAGAUGAGCGUUUCACAUUUCGCGGUUCUAUCGUCGUGUUGUCGUCCACGCUUCGCCCCUUCUUUCAGGUCGCGUGCUUCAGCCCUCCGUUCUCGCAUCCGGUGUUGUACUACUCUCACUUCUACUUCUUCAGAGACUCCCACUCCUACCUCCGUGAAGAAACGAGUAGUGUCGGGAGUUCAGCCCACGGGUUCAAUUCACCUCGGAAACUAUUUUGGCGCCAUCAAGAAUUGGGUUGCCCUUCAGAAUGUGUAUGAUACACUUUUCUUCAUUGUGGACCUGCACGCGAUCACAUUACCAUAUGACACCCAACAGUUAUCUAAGGCUACAAGGUCAACUGCUGCUAUUUACCUAGCAUGUGGAGUGGAUCCUUCAAAGGCUUCAGUAUUUGUACAGUCUCAUGUUCGGGCACAUGUAGAAUUGAUGUGGCUGCUAAGUUCCACAACACCAAUUGGUUGGCUGAACAAAAUGAUACAGUUUAAAGAGAAAUCUCGCAAGGCGGGAGAUGAAGAAGUUGGGGUUGCCCUUUUGACUUAUCCUGUUCUGAUGGCUUCUGAUAUACUUCUAUAUCAGUCUGAUUUUGUCCCCGUUGGUGAAGAUCAAAAGCAGCAUUUGGAGUUGACCCGUGACUUGGCUGAACGGGUUAAUAAUUUAUAUGGAGGAAGAAAGUGGAAGAAAUUAGGCGGCCGAGGCGGUACCAUAUUUAAGGUUCCAGAGCCCCUUAUACCUCCAGCCGGAGCCCGGAUAAUGUCCUUAACUGAUGGCCUGUCCAAGAUGUCAAAGUCUGCACCUUCUGAUCAAUCCAGAAUCAAUAUUCUUGAUCCUAAAGAUCUUAUAGCAAACAAGAUCAAACGAUGCAAAACUGAUUCAUUUCCAGGUUUGGAAUUUGACAACUCUGAGAGGCCUGAAUGUAACAAUCUUCUUUCCAUAUACCAGCUUAUUUCAGGAAAGACAAAAGAGGAAGUUGUGCAGGAAUGCCAAAACAUGAAUUGGGGCGCUUUCAAACCUCUUUUAACAGAUGCCUUGAUUGAUCAUUUGCAUCCCAUUCAGGUUUCACCCACUAAAUGUUACCUUCUGUUCGCUACGAGGAAAUCAUGUCCGAUUCAGGUUAUUUAGAUGGAGUUUUGGCACAAGGUGCUAGAAAUGCAGCAGAUAUAGCAGAUUCUACACUUAAUAAUGUUUACCAAGCAAUGGGAUUUUUGAAGAGACUGAUAAUUGAUGCCAAAUAAAUUAAGAUUGGCGAGACCGCAACUUAAAUGCUAACUUUUGGAUGAUUCAUGAUCGGCCUCAAAAUUUUGGAGUAAUCUUAUGGACAUUUAUACUUGACUACUGGAAAUGGAAAGAUUAUUUGAUGCAAAGCCUAAAGGUCUCAUUAGUUCUUGAUGCAAUGGGCUAUCUCCUUCAUAUUUCUCCGAGUAUGGUUGUUUGCCUUCAUUUUUUAUUUUAUUUUUCAAUCUCUUUCAUUUUUUACUUGUAUUUUAAAAUGAAUUCAGUAUAUUGAUAAAUUGUUCCGCCAUUGUAUUCGAUGGAGACACAUGACCUAGUCAUCUUAAUUCUGUCCCCACCACGUUCUCUUGAUGAUGACACAACCCAUUGUUUUAGCUCAUCAAUUGGAACUUCAUUGGUAAUUCUUCAUUUCGCUAA